AUGCUACCAGUUUCGGACUUUUACAUUCCAAGAAGUGCUCGAUUGGCGGUUUCUUGUGCUUGGAGAUUUUCUUUUGGUUUCCUUUGUCAAUUGCACUUAGUGGAAUGA